CCCCCUUUUCUUGGGAUGUCCGCAACCAAUCAUGCUACUGUGGAAAGGAGUACCGAGGUGUUUAUAUAACCAUCUCAUCUCAUCCCAUCCGUGUCUUCCGCUCUGUGCGCAGGGUAGAUAAUAGCCGUGAUGACUCCCACUUCCUUUUCCCACUCUUUCUCAUGAACUUAUCUUUACGUAAACCCCCCUCACGUCCUCGCAUAUAAAUAAAGACACAUGCGCUCCGAAUGAACUCCGUCGCUCUCUCUCUCUCUCUCUAUGUGUUGCGGAGAUGAGACACUAGCAGAGUCGUGAGACACAUAGUUAAGGAUAGGAUAAGGAGAUGGAGGGGAUGCAGUGUCAGGCCAAGGGAACCACCAGCCCACGGCUUAAGCUCUUCGGCUUCCACGUGUCCGACAACGACAACCCCGGCGAUGGGAGGGCAGUGGUGGGCAGCCCUACGUCUGCUGCUUCUGCCUCCAGCGGCGCCGGCGGCGGAGAUGGGAGGAAGUACGAGUGCCAGUACUGCUGCCGAGAGUUCGCUAACUCCCAGGCGUUGGGCGGCCACCAGAACGCCCACAAGAAGGAGCGGCAGCAGAUGAAGCGCGCCCAGUUGCACCACCACCACCAUGCCACCUCCGGCCACCGUUCGCCCCAUGGUACCUUCUACCACCAGCCCAUCGCCUCCGCCUUCGCCCCGUCGCCGCACCUCUUUUCCCCUCCCCGUUCGCCUCCCCCCACGACGCCGGCGCCGCAGGCUGUGGGCCUCCCGGGGAACGCAGCCGCCAGCUGGGCCUACUACCCCCGCCCCGCGCCGCCCCUUCACCUGCCGCGCGGAUGCAUCGUUCCCCGGUCUCUACCGACCUGUUACUCUUACGGUGGAGACGGUAGCGAGGGAACCCGGUUCUACGACGACGGCCGGCUGAUCGGUGGACCCGGGUUCUCCGGAGUGGCACCGGCGGAGGAAGCGGCGGAGGACGCGUACGGGUUGGACCUUCACCUUAGCCUGGCCCCCGCUGGUUCAUGACUCGGUCCCGACUCGGCACUGCGCUCGUAUCCCGUUAUAUCGUAUGACCGAGUUCAGCAAAUGUUAUAUAUGAUGAAUUUUAUUUCUGUAAAUUGCUGGUGUUCGAAUUUUUCAAUUGAUUUUUGCUCCA